AUGAUCUCCUCCGUUCUUAUUGCCAGCGUUCUAGCAGCUAGCCCUGUGCUAGGUCUUGUUCGCUCCCCCAAGCCCACUUUCGUCGACAACUCUUAUGUUAUCAAUGAAGACGCCAGAUUUGCUUACAACUUGUUCUUCAACUUCACGGGCGCCACUAAGCUUCCCGAUGGGCUUUACACCAGCGUUUAUACCGUGGGCGAGGGGACCCAUCAAUACACGACGAGCAACGUCAAUGUCGCAGGGGGCUACCUGCAGCUCAAGGUCCCUGGACCACAGAAAUCGAUGCCUUACACGGGUGGAGAGGUUGCGACGACUGAAGACAGAAUCUUGUAUGCUUCUGUUCGCACAGUUGCAAUUCUCUCCGAACCGGCUGGUGUUUGCAAUGGAAUGUUUUUCUAUCACAAUGACACCCAGGAGACAGACAUCGAGUGGCUCUCUGACGCUUCCUCCCUGAGCAACAACGGCGUUCGCAAGAUCCACUUCACUAACCAGGAUGCCAACGGCGAUGGCUCAAGCACGUACAAAGGCGUCACCCCACCAGCUAGCCCCACAAGCACCGAGCAUGAGUACCGCAUCGACUGGACUGAGGUUUUUGUCCGGUUCUACAUUGACGGCUCUCUUAUCUGGGAGACGCAAAGUGACGUCCCCAGCGCUGCCGGGCCUUGGAUCUUCAACAACUGGUCCAAUGGUGAUAAGGGCUGGAGUGUUGGACCCCCGAAGUCCAAUGCUAUUUUCAAAAUCAAGGAUAUCGAUAUCUACUACGACCUCGACUGGAGCCAGACUAAGUAA